UUUAAAUUUUUUAAUUAUUGUAAUAUACUAUUUACAUCUUUGUUUAUUGAAUGUCUGAAAGAGAUCCAGAAAAAGCUCAUCUGGCCGAAACAGACGACAGCUUUCGCCGUAAAUGGGACAAAGAUGAGUAUGAAAAACUUGCACAAAAAUAUAUUAGGGAAGAUGAAGAAAAAUUUAGAGGAGUCGUUAGACCAGGAAAACCGAUAGAAAGAUCCCUUUUGAAGGCAAGGGACUAUAAGGUUAACGUUGAAGAUAAGUUAGGCAAAAUAGUUGUAGUGACAAAAGACACGCCACUCUCGCAAAGCGGUGGAUUUUACUGCAACGUCUGUGAUUGUGUUAUAAAAGACUCUACUAACUUUUUUGAUCACAUAAACGGAAGAAAGCAUCAAAAAAAUCUUGGUAUGUCUAUGCGGGUCGAAAAAUCGACUCUUUCGCAGGAAAUUAUAAAAAUAGUUCAGCAAAGGUUAAAAAAAGUAAAAGACAAGCAGGAAUUAAAACAAAGAGCACAGGACAUUGACUAUGAGGCCAAGCUGAGGGCUGCUGAGGGAGCAACGCAACGGGCUAAGGAGGAGAGAAAAAAGAGAAAAGAGGAAGAAAGAAAGGCUCGCCGAGAAGCUGCAAAGGCAGCCCUGCGGAGCGCGGGCAUACAGGAAGAGGACGAGGUCGAGAAGGUGAUGGGGUUUUCCGGGUUUGGCUCGUCGAAGGCGUAA